GUAGGAAGUUCUGGCUGAGAGUUCCCCAACAGAGAGCUGGCCGACCCGCUACCACUCACAGGACUGCGCUGCAAAACAGCAUCGUCAGCACCAUGCUAUCACAGCUGAAGACCAAGGGAAUCUGUGACUCUUCUACUCCAAAUGGAAUUAUUGUCCUCAAAAGAGAGAAACCUAGACACGGCUACGAAAAAGAAGGUAAUCCACAAGACAAUCUGCAGAAAGAAGCUACAGUCCUUGGAAUUAUCCAGAUCCUGUGUUGCCUGUUGAUUUCAAGUUUGGGGGCCAUUUUGGUUUCUGGUCCCUACUCUUCCCACGUCAAGCCAACAAUUUCCACCAUUUUGAUGUCUGGGUACCCAUUUGUAGGAGCUCUAUGUUUUGCCAUUACGGGAUCCCUCUCCAUUAUUUCUGGGAAAAAGUCAACUAAACCCUUUGCCAUGAGCAGCUUGACCUCAAACGUGGUGAGUUCUCUCGCCGCUGGAGCAGGCCUCUUCCUCCUUGCUGAUCGUCUGGUAGCCCUGGGGACUGUCUCUCAACGCUGUGAUUCACAAAGGGAAUAUCUAUCCUCCCUGCCUUAUUCGAUGUACUAUUAUGAGAUAUAUGAAUUCAAGGAAUGUCUCCUGGCUAGCGUCAGUCUGACAGGGCUGCUGGUGGUGAUGCUCAUCUUCACUGUGCUGGAGCUCCUGAUGGCUGCAUAUGCUUCUACUCUUUGGUGGAAACAGGUGCACUCCAACAACCCUGGGAGUGCAUUUUCCUUGCCUCUGUCACUAGGUCAUAUCCAACAGGCCUAAAAGCUCUUCCAGGUCAUGGAUAAGAGUAACACCUUAGAAGAAAAAGGAGGAGAAAUCCAGAGCUCCUGGCAAAGUGUGAUUAGACUUUCCUGAAAUUUCAGCGACUUAGACAACAAAAUAAACUUUUAGAAAACAGCUUUUGUUUUGCACUUGCUCAAUGUAAUUUCAUUGCUCUUGAAAAUAAUCUCUCAAAAGCCUGAGUGCAUAAACUGAACAGAAAGUGAUUCAUCUACCCAUGACUAAGGAGAGAAAAUGUGCACUCCUGUGUGUGUGUGAAGAGGCCAAGUCAUGUGCCUAUGCAGGCUCCACUCCUGUAUUAUUUUCACACUCAUAGUGCUAAACAUUAGAUAUCAGGGACUGCAAGAACUUUUAAAUUAAAAGUACUUUAAAAAUAUAUGGUUCCAGGGCAGCCUGGGCGGCUCAGCUGUUUAGCACCACCUUGGGCCCAGGGGGUGAUCCCGGAGACCUGGGAUCCAGUCCCGCAUCGGGCCCCCUGCAUGGAGCCUGCUUCUUCCUCUGCCUGUGUCUCUGCCUC